GAGGCUCUCAUGAGAAACGUCAAGAGUACAGACCAGUUCAAUCGGGACGUACGAUUCAUCGUAAUGACGGAGGAGGCUCUCAUGAGAAACGUCAAGAGUACAGACCAGUUAAAUCGGGACGUACGAUUCAUCGUAAUGACGGAGGAGGCUCUCAUGAGAAGUGA